CGAAGCCGGCUUUGGAGAGCCCGCUGCGGCGGCGGCAACAUGGCGGACGUGCUAAGUGUCGGAGUGAACCUGGAGGCCUUUGCUCAGGCCAUCAGUGCCAUCCAGGCGUUGCGUUCCAGCGUGAGCAGGGUGUUCGACUGCCUGAAGGAUGGCAUGCGGAACAAGGAGACGCUGGAGGGCCGGGAGAAGGCCUUCAUUGCGCACUUCCAGGACAACUUGCAUUCGGUCAACCGGGACCUCAAUGAGCUGGAGCGUCUGAGCAAUUUGGUAGGCAAGCCAUCUGAGAACCAUCCUCUCCAUAACAGUGGGCUCUUAAGCCUGGAUCCUGUGCAGGACAAAACUCCUCUCUACAGCCAACUCCUUCAAGCAUAUAAAUGGUCAAACAAGUUGCAGUACCACGCAGGCCUGGCGUCUGGACUUUUGAACCAGCAGUCGUUGAAACGUUCUGCUAACCAGAUGGGGGUGUCCGCCAAGCGCAGACCAAAGGCCCAGCCCACCACGCUCGUCCUGCCGCCCCAGUAUGUUGAUGAUGUGAUUAGCCGCAUCGACAGGAUGUUUCCUGAAAUGUCCAUCCACUUAUCCAGGCCCAAUGGAACAUCAGCAAUGCUUCUGGUGACCUUGGGAAAGGUGUUGAAAGUGAUUGUCGUCAUGCGGAGCCUGUUCAUUGAUCGAACAAUAGUUAAGGGAUAUAAUGAAAAUGUCUACACGGAAGAUGGCAAGCUCGAUAUAUGGUCCAAAUCCAACUAUCAAGUUUUCCAGAAGGUGACAGACCACGCCACCACCGCCCUGCUCCACUAUCAGCUGCCCCAGAUGCCAGACGUCGUGGUCAGAUCCUUCAUGACCUGGUUACGAAGUUACAUAAAGCUGUUCCAGGCUCCGUGCCAGCGCUGCGGGAAGUUUCUACAAGAUGGCCUUCCCCCCACGUGGAGGGAUUUCCGAACCCUCGAAGCCUUCCACGACACCUGCCGCCAGUGACCCCGCCCCAGCCCCGGGCCGGCCUCCAGGCUCUGCCCCGCACCUUCCCUGGAUCCCUCGGUCAGCCUGAUGGCUCGGCCCCGUCCUCACCGCGUAGACUCCAGCACCCCACUCCUCCCCGUGCGUAGAGCAGCACGUCCUACCUUAAGGCUGAGCCACUUGCGGAACAGAUUCCUUCUCGUUUUGAUGGGACUAAUUACCCACUGCAGGUGGUAAACGGAAGGCAGAGAAAACCUUUUAGAACUCAGAGUAAGGAACUCACACAGCAUGCUCGUCCUUGUGUGUUGGCGAAUGAUCCUCCUGGGCCUGUGCUCUAAGUCAUGUUCACGAGCCAUUAUCGUCUGAGUAAGCCCAUGUCCGUACAUCCUGUCAUGCUGAGCGUUUUGUUUUGUAACUUUUUUUUUAAUAUAUAUAUAUAUACAUACAUAAGCAGUAAACGUUUUGUACCCAGGACAA